AUGUCGUCCGAUGCGCCGCCGCAGCCCUCCCUCCCACUGAAGCCACAACGAGUGCUCGCAUGCGCACAGUGUGUGCCAGCCACACUUGCUCGACGCCGGAAAAGACGCAGAUUCCCUGAACGCGAGCUUCUCGACCGUCUCCACAACUACGAGGAGUUGUUGCGCCAAAACAAAAUAUCCUUCGAUCCAAUCCACAGUGAUGCGAUUGUGGGGAAGGCAAGGCUUGACGUGGAAAGUGACCAUGAAAUGGAGAGACUAGUACCAGAAACUGGCAGAGCAGAUUCGGUACCAUCGACACCGUUGGGCUCUGAGAAAAGCUAUGGAGCCAAGAAUAUUUGGCAUGCGAUGAGCCGAGGAUUUCGAGAUCCCGAAAAUGACAGUGAGUCUUCACACGACUAUGUGCGGGAAACAGAGGUCAAACGGGCAUGGGAGGAAACCACUCAAAAAGAUGAUAACCUGUUGUUUGGAUCACGCGAUCCCACUGUCGACCUGUCUGUUAUUCAUCCCGAUGCAAUUCAGAUCUUCAGAUUAUGGCAGGKUUAUCUGGACAACGUGAACCCACUGCUCAAGGUUACGCACACCCCAACUCUACAAGCGCGCAUUAUUGAAGCUGCAAGCAAUCUCAAAAAUGUACAUCCAAAUUUGGAGGCCCUCAUGUUCGGCAUCUACUCUACCGCAGUGACAAGUCUCACUGGAGACGAAUGCCAAACCAUGUUCCAUUCUUCGAGGGAAGGUCUCUUGUUAAGGUUUCAUUUCGGCUGCCAGCAAGCGCUGUUGGGGUGUGGAUUCUUACGGACCAGCGAUCGUGACUGUUUGACAGCGCUGUAUCUUUAUCUGGUCUCUGUCAGCUUCAGCACAGUUCCCCAGUCUCUAGCAUCAAUGCUCGGCAUUGCGAUCCGCAUCGCGCGACGGAUGGGUUUACACAGUGAAACCAACUUGGCGGAAUGCUCUAUCCUUGAGGCUGAGAUGCGUCGAAGACUGUGGUGGUCGAUCAUAACUUUUGAUCAUCGCAUAAAUGAAGUCUCUAGCUCCCGAAGCUCGGCCCUUGAUCCAACUUGGGACUGUAAAGUUCCCCUCAAUGUGAACGAUUCCGAUCUUCGGCCAGAGAUGAAAGAACCUCCGGUGAUGCAAGCAACAUCUACCGAGGCAGUUUUUGCCGUUGCACGAAGUGGGUUCUGGGAUCUUUUGCGUCAUACUAUAUUCCACCUCGAGUUCACCAAUCCUGCCCUGAAACCGCUAGCGAAAAGGCAUGAAAGCUCGUCGGAGGAUGGCGAAAUCGCCCAGAUAGAGAAAAUCAUAGAUUGUCGGUAUCUCAAGUUCUGUGACCCAGAGAAUCCUCUCCACUUUAUGACAUUGUGGAGCUUACUAGGGCAAAUGGCUAAAUGUCGCCUCUUGGAACAUCUUUCAUCGCAUUCUAACUCGACUCAGACAGAUUUACAACAUGACACUGCUACCUUCCAUGCUCUGAUUUUGAUAGAGUGUGAUACGAAGAUCAUGACCUCGCCUCUGACCAAGCGGUUUCGUUGGUUUAACCGAUUUUACUUUCCUUUCCCAGCAUAUCUUCAAAUUUCCCAAGACAUAAAACUACGGCCUGGCAACAAGCAGACCCCACAGGCAUGGAAAUAUUUGAGCGAUAAUCACGAGGCUUGGUUUGAGAAUCAGCCAGAAGAAGUUAAUCCAGUUUACCAGGUUUUUGCUAAAGUGGUGCUUCAAGCAUGGGAAGCUUGUGAAGCAAAUUUCAUACAAUCAGGCAGGAUCAUGGCGACACCGAAAAUUGUUCUAUCCAUACGACACAUCCAGGCAGAGAUGUCACGACGGGCGCAGAAGGGCACCGUUGAAUAUGCUAAUACUAACGUGACAACGGCCAUUGAUAGUCUUGCAAUCUCGACGACGAUGCCAAACUGCACGGUCAAACCUCCGAGAGCUUCCAUGGCUAAGAAUCGUCUACGUCGGCUUUGCAAGACUUGCUGUGCAGCUCCCAUAGCCUAUCACCUCUUUCCAGCUGGCAAGUUGCCGACCAUGCAACUGCCCACAUCGCAGCAAAAAAAGCAUGCAUUCACUUUUUCAGCUUUUGCGCGCACACCGUGUCGAUGCGGGGAUACAUUGUGGUUAUGCGAAAUUUGCGGCCUCGCUUUGAACAAGAAUGACUCGACGUAUCGGCGAGUAUGGACCUGGCGUACCCGUUAUGGUGCGUAUCUUGGUACUGGUCUGGGAACGGGUAUUGGAGAAGGUUGUCAAGGUGUAAAGUGCGGCAAAGGAGAGGAGUGUCUCGCUGCUUCAGCAAUUGAACUGGAAGUAGAUUGCGAGGCGGACGACUCAGCUAUUACCAUUCAACACCAUCACAAUUAUCAGGAUGGCCACUUAAGUGGGUAUGCCGCGUCACCUCCUAAGAUAGAAGGGCUUUCUCUAAACGAACGACCUGAUGGCCAUCAGCACGAUGAUGAACCUGGCUACUUGCGACAAGAGAUCGUCGGUAUCGGCGGAGUUGUCAAGCGAAAGGUCAAGAAGAGGGUGAUCGUGGGGGCUUGCGUGGAGGAGUACGACGAUGAGCGCGAGACUGGAAAAUAUCUCCAGAGAGAGGCGGACGGAUUGGAAAGGAGUUGGUGUGGGUGGUGCUGGAGAGUCAUACCCGGCCGUAAGGACUGGGAGCAGGGGGUUGUGCCGAUCUAG